GCGCACGGCGGCCCGGGAGGCGGCGGCGGCGGCGGCUCGUGUCGGCUCCGGGCGGCCCUCGCGCCGCAGCCCGCGCCGUGUCCGCGGCGGAGCCGCCCAGGUGCCCACGAGGAUGGUGGCGCGGCCCUAGGCCCAGGCUCCGCACCAUGACCUGCUGGCUGUGCGUCCUGAGCCUGCAGCUCCUGCUCCUGCCCGCGGCGCCGCCCCCGGCCGGCGGCUGCCCCGCCCGCUGCGAGUGCACGGCGCAGACGCGCGCGGUGGCCUGUCCCCGGCGCCGGCUGACCGCCGUGCCCGACGGCAUCCCGGCCGAGACGCGCCUGCUGGAGCUCAGCCGCAACCGCAUCCGCUGCCUGAACCCGGGCGACCUGGCCGCGCUGCCGCUGCUGGAGGAGCUGGACCUGAGCGAGAACGUGAUCGCGCACGUGGAGCCGGGCGCCUUCGCCAACCUGCCGCGCCUGCGCGUCCUGCGCCUCCGGGGCAACCUGCUCAAGCUCCUCCCGCCCGGCGUCUUCACGCGCCUGGACAACCUCACGCUGCUGGACCUGAGCGAGAACAAGCUGGUCAUCCUCCUGGACUACACCUUCCAGGACCUGCGCAGCCUCCGCCGGCUGGAGGUGGGCGACAACCACCUGGUGUUCAUCUCGCGCCGGGCCUUCGCGGGGCUGCUGGCGCUCGAGGAGCUGACCCUGGAGCGCUGCAACCUCACGGCGCUGUCGGGCGAGUCCCUGGGCCACCUGCGGGGCCUGGGCGCCCUGCGGCUGCGCCACCUGGCCAUCGCCGCCCUGGAGGACCAGAACUUCCGCAGGCUGCCCGGCCUGCUGCACCUGGAGAUCGACAACUGGCCGCUGCUGGAGGAGGUGGCCGCCGGCAGCCUGCAGGGCCUCAACCUGACCUCGCUGUCCGUCACGCACACCAACAUCACCGCCGUGCCGGCGGCCGCGCUCCGCCACCAGGCCCACCUCACCUGCCUCAACCUGUCCCACAACCCCAUCAGCACGGUGCCGCGCGGCUCCUUCCGCGACCUGGUCCGCCUGCGCGAGCUGCACCUGGCCGGCGCCCUGCUGGCCGUGGUGGAGCCGCAGGCCUUCCUGGGGCUGCGGCAGAUCCGCCUGCUCAACCUCUCCAACAACCUGCUGUCCACGCUGGAGGAGAGCACCUUCCACUCGGUCAACACGCUGGAGACGCUGCGCGUGGACGGGAACCCGCUGGCCUGCGACUGUCGCCUGCUCUGGAUCGUGCAGCGCCGGAAGACCCUCAACUUCGACGGGCGGCUCCCGGCCUGCGCCACCCCCGCCGAGGUGCGCGGCGACGCGCUGCGCAACCUGCCCGACUCCGUGCUCUUCGAGUACUUCGUGUGCCGCAAGCCCAAGAUCCGCGAGCGGCGGCUGCAGCGCGUCACGGCCGCCGCGGGCGACGACGUGCGCUUCCAGUGCCGCGCCGAGGGCGAGCCCGCGCCCACCGUGGCCUGGGUGACGCCGCGCCACCGCGCCGUGACCGCCGCCAGCGCCGGGCGCGCGCGCGUGCUGCCGGGGGGCACGCUGGAGAUCCGCGGCGCGCGCCCGCAGGACAGCGGCACGUACACGUGCGUGGCCAGCAACGCGGGCGGCAACGACACCUACUUCGCCACGCUGACCGUGCAGCCCGAGCCCGCCGCCAACCGGACCCCGGGCGAGGCCCGCAACGACACGCAGGCGGCCGCGCGCUUCCCGCUGGACCUCACCACCAUCCUGGUGUCCACCGCCAUGGGCUGCAUCACCUUCCUGGGCGUCGUCCUCUUCUGCUUCCUGCUGCUGUUCGUGUGGAGCCGCGGCCGCGGGCAGCAUAAGAACAACUUCUCGGUGGAGUACUCCUUCCGCAAGGUGGACGGGCCGGCCGCCGCCGCGGGCCAGGGGGGGGCGCGCAAGUUCACCAUGAAGAUGAUCUGAGAGGGUCCGGGCGCCCCCACGCGGGCCCGGCUGACGACCACCUAUGCAUUUCCCGGAGCGGGGAGGGGUGGGGGGCUCCCUCCCCGCGGCCGCCUCCUGGCGGAACUUCCCCUUUUUUUGUAGAGACCCGACCACAGGACUUUUUUCAUCAGGACGCAUUUUUGCAUUGUUUCGCAAAGCAUUUUCUAAAGGUUUCACCCCGUCUUCCUGCCCCCGCCGGGGUCCCGAGCUGGGCGGGGUGGGAGUUCGGA